AUAAUUCUUAAACAGGCAUUGUCGAGUUCAAUUUCGUUCGUGUUAACACACGUGUCGAAAAAUGUCGAGUUCGGUUCCAAAAAAAAUUUCGUUGCAGCAACACGAAAAACCCUGUUUUUAAGCAUUUCUGGCAUUUGUUUAUAUUAAAAACACUUUUUGAGAAAUAGCGCGUGUGAAUUCCUUUCAAUCACUAAUUAGAAUUGUUCGCGGUUGCGUCGUAUCAGUGAGGCGCUGAUACAGCUAUUAGUUGUUCUUCAUUCGACUAAAGCGGUUAUUAUGAGUUUUUGUGUUUCUCGCAUAAAGUUAUCAUUUUCUCAAUUUGCGAUCAUUCCAUUCAUUUAUGAUAUAAAAUUUAGAUUAAAAAACAAUAAUAUUUGUUGAAAAACAAAAACUUGGAUUUAAAAAAGAAAAAAAAAAUCCCAAAUCGAAUCAACAGUGACACAAUGAAUUCAUCGUAUGCCUUUUGGAAUUCAGAUCCGACCGAAUUACAAUAUUCACCACUGAUGCAAAGUAUUCCAACAACGAUAUCAACAAUGAAACCCAUUGAUCCAACAGUAAAUUAUGGGCAUUCGCCUCCGUUAUCCAGAUUCAGACCUUAUAAUCAUUAUCCGAGUAUGGGUGCUGUUACACCAUCAUCACUAUCACCAACUUCCAAUGGAAUUGGUAUGCAAACCGGGGGACCGUAUAAAUCUGCAUUCAAGCCCGUUGCAAAGCGGCCAAUUUUCUCGAAUGCUCCUGCGGCAACAACAACAAACACAUAUGCAACCGAACCCAGCUACUUCAAUACACCGAAUGCAAUAGUGACAUCGAGCUCGAGUUACAAUCGCUAUAGUCCGAAUCAAAUUCAGUCUAGAAUCCAGUCCAUUCCAUAUAAUCCACCCUACAGAGGUUUAGAAGGUCCAUCAUCAGAAGUUACGAAAGACAUACAAAAUGUCGAUGCGACAUUGAAUAAUGUUGAAAUACCGAACGAUAUGCCAGCGCAACAUUCCAAUUUAGAAAAAUUGUUACGCAAGCCAGCAACCGAAUACGAAAAAACUCAAGCAACGCACACCGAGAAAAACAAAAACGAAAAUAGGAAGCUAGUUGACAAUGUGUUUCAUUGGGAUACGCUGUUGCCGUUGGUGCCAGAUCCACAGACACGUGUCGAAGUAUCGGUGCUACCAAAAAAGAUAAACACACGCAAACGACGGCUAGGGAAAAUUGCAGUAUCAAAAUGUGCUGAUGUAAAUGACAGUGAUGUGCCUAUCAUCGAUCUAACAUCAGGCGAAGACCUCGACGAUUGUAUACCAUGCUCAGUAAUUGAAUUGAAUAAAACGCCACCAUUAGAUAUAAAUGGCAACGAAAUUCUUGUUAGCACCAAUACCGAAACAUUGCCAACGAUCAAGGCACAAGACAGCACAACGCAAGCACAGCAAGUGAACCAAAUGCCAUUGUUGCCCGAAUCAAUUCAUAUCGAAAAGAUUGCAAAGAAUUCAAUCAAUUCAACGGUUGAACAUUCCGAUUUUCCGAUUUUGUUUGCAAAUCUCACGCAAAACGGUUUUCGUAUGCCACCAAAGGAGCAGAUCAAAUUUGUCAACAAAUGCAAUCGGUACAUGGGAUAUGUUCGUCGAUAUAACGGCUUUCGUUUGUUUGUUCAACGAAAUUAUUUACGAGCUCAAGCGCACGCACCACGAAGCGAAUUUACAAAGACAUUCAUACAGAACAUUUUAUUACGCUGGUGGAGCACAAUGUCAGCCGAUGCAAAAGAACAAUACGUUCGAAUGGCCAAUAUCUCGCACACAAAGAAAUCAGACUCGACACCAAGCAACGCAAACUACAGCGACAACGACGAACCGAACGUAUCAAUAAUACCGAUUUUCAAUGGUUCUCACCCAAGCACAAGCAAAGCAAGCGAUGUGAGUGUGAAUGUGAACGAAAAUACGGAAGCCGGUGCUGCAACAGUCAACAACAAUGCCGUCACCACAUUACAUUCUCCAGUCAACUCACAGUAAACGAUGCUUAGCCGAUUGGCAAUAGAAUAAGAAUUCAUACCGUCAUUUAUUAAUUAAUUUCGAUGUAGUUCAACUUAUUUCAUACAGUUUUUCUAUUUUAUUGUCUUCAAAUGAAUUCGAAUUAAAGUAUUCGUAGCUGUAAAAGUGUCAAA